UUUUAUGUCUGUUUUUCAGCAGCCAAACUUAGGAUCCCGGUUAUAUUGAGAGCCUGUAAACAGGUCCAGACCUACAACCAAUCAGAGCAGCCGGACGUUUGACUCUUCAAAUCUGGACCAGUGUGUGAAACACGUCUCAUAUUAGAUAAACGGUCAUGAUUGGCCCGACCGGAUCGCCUUAAGGUAGAAAUCUGUCUGAAACAUGAGCUGGAAGUUGUCGUUGAGGCUCUUCAGGUGUUUGGUGCGGUUCUCCAGACGGACCAUCCACUCCUGCCUCAGUCUGAAAACACGCACAACAAAAGAAAAGGAGCCACAGUUUUAAACUUGGCAGACGUUCUGCGUCUUGUUUUGCAGCCCGCAGAAACAGAAAGACGACGGAGCAGAGAUGGGUUUGGGGAGUAAGCUGGAUGUCCCGGUCUGCGAUCUGUCUCUGAUCAGAGGGAUCUGGGAGGUCCGAGCAAAGAAACACAAACAGAAACAGAAGAUGGAGCAGGAGAGGCUCGAGAAGAGUGCACUCCCCAGGAUCGACCAGCAGUGGCAGUAUCGCAUCUACUGUAAGACACUGAAGACCAAAGACCGGAACCUCCUGCACCAUUACCUGGAGAGGUCUACACUGACUGAUAUACAGCCGUACGCAGAAGGAGAGGAGCAGGAUCAGAAAGACCAGGAGGAUCAGAAUGAUCUGGAGCAGAUCAAACUGACGUUCCAGCUUGAAGGAGAUCGUUGGAUGGAUUUCCCCAAGGAGCUGCAGUGGAUGACCUAUUUGAAAGAGUGGCAUGUCAGGGGGACAAGGAUCUGCCGGCUGCCUGACUACCUGGCUCUAUUCACCCAGCUCACCGUGCUCGAGAUCCCCAAAAACAGUAUCGCAGAGCUGCCGCCUGAGAUUGGUAAACUGACGGGGUUGAGGGAGUUAAACGUCAGCUACAACCGUCUGUCCAGAGUUCCUCCGGAGCUCGGGAACUGUGAGAACCUGGAGAGACUCGAACUCGCAGGAAACCACAACCUGUCCGAGCUGCCGUUUGAGCUGAGCAGCCUGAAGCAGCUGGUUCACCUGGACAUCGCGGAGAACAGGUUUGUUUCGAUCCCCGUCUGUGCUCUGAGGAUGAGCAGCCUGCAGGUGUUGGACCUGAGUAACAACAGUCUGAGCGACCUGCCGCAGGACAUGGACAGGUUGGAGCAGCUGGUCACCCUGUUCGUCCAUAAGAACAACCUGACUUACCUUCCUCACUGUCUCACCAACAUCUCCACGCUCAAGAUGAUCGUCGUCAGCGGCGACGAGCUCACCUGCAUCCCGACCAAACUGUGCUACAACCCCGACCUCAAGUUUAUUCGCUUGUACGACAACCCGGAGAGCAAAGAGAAGAAGAAGGAAGAGGAGAAGAAGAAGAACAAGAAGAAGAGGUGGAGAGAGCCGAGAGAGGAGGAGGUGAAGGACAGCAGAGAGAAAGAGUUCAUCGAGGCGUACAUCAGCACGCUGCAGGACAGAGACACCGUCCCCUACUCCACCACCAAGGUCUCCAUCUCCUGCCUGCUGUGAGGAAGAGGAGGAUGAAGAUGAUGGAAGGUUGAACAGACAGUCGGUCACGUUGUGAGUGACAGACAAUCAUUUCAAAGCAGCACCAGCAAAGACAAAAAAAGCUAAACAAAACCAAAAAAAAAAAAAAACAGUUUCAUUCAAAAAAACAACUGAUUUCUGGGCUCGAGGAACGUUAAUAAGUACGUUUGUUUACAGACGUCUCUUUUAUAACGGGGGUCAGGGGAUUUAUUUUAGCUGCGAGUAGCAGCAGGGAUGAGCGCCAGAUCUAUUAAUACGUCCAUGACGGCUGUGUCCGAAACCAGCGGCUCGUUCACUCAUUCACGACUCAGACAGACUCAAUGAGCAAACACAGCGCACCGCUUAAAAACUAUGGAAGUUUAUUCAGAAAAAUUUAAAAUAUAAAACAUGUAGUUAAAUGUAAAAAAUAAAAAAAGCAGCUGUACAUUUGUUUUUGUUUUUUAGAGCCACAGUGGAAUUUUAAAUGCAUUAUAUAGUAAAUAGAAAGUGAUUUUGGACACAGCCAUGGUUUCAUUUGGCCGAGCUAACAUGCUAAAAUGUGGUCGGCGCCGCGAGUGUGAUGAUUUUAAUGUUUUGAACGCUAAUGUUUUUGGGGAUAAACUGGAUUUUGUGGUUGAAGGUGUGAAAUGUGACCAAAACGGAGAUGAUGCUGCACGUUAAGACAAACGAAAAGAUUCUUCAACAGGAAAAAAAUGUAUUUACAGGUUUAAACUCAGCUGAACGUUUGUGAAUUUGGUCGUUUUAAGUUGAGCUGUGACGACAAACUCAGUAACAAAUGUCAAAAUUCAGCAACUAGCCAGUCAGAUUAAUGAUUUUGAUUAAUUUCUGCAAGUAAUUUAAUUAUUAUAGAAACACAUUCAGUGAUUUCACUUCCUGAUUCGGCCCCGACAGAUUCUUCACAAUCAAGAACUGUUUGUUUUUUGUUUUUUUUUACUUGUAUAUAUAUAUUUCUGUUUGUUUAACUGACUUUUAUUGAAGCAGGUUUCUGAGAGACGCUUUGACCGAGAGGUUUGUUUGUUUUUAUUCUGACGUAUUUUAUUAAAUGUUGUCUGUGUAGAUUUGUUUUUGUUUACAUCGUCUCGACCAUGUUCAAAGAGUCUUUCAGUCCUUUCAGGAUUUCACGUCUGUCCUGUGACUGAUUUCACAGCUUCUCUAAAAAAAUUGCGAUGAAAGUUGUGACGUUUUUUGUGACAAAACUGUGCGAAUAAAUGAAAACUGCCGAGG